CGCAGGUUCGAAUCCUGCCGUCCACGAGUUUUUAUUUUUUUUAUUUUCCCUUAUUCCAACCCGGUUAACCACCAGCGCAUUUUAGCAUCAUCCAUCACAAAAUAUUUAUUUACUUCUGCUUAUUAUUUUUCCCUCCAAAUCCGACUGAUUUUUAAAUUUCGAAGAAAGAAAAGAAAAGAAAUUCGAGAUGAUAACUGCUAGAAAGCUCAUAUCCAACCACCCCACCCUCUCAUACCUAGAAAAAUGCACCUCUAUGGCUCAACUACUCCAAAUCCAUGCCCAAAUGAUCACCACCGGCCUUGCUCUCAACACCUUCAAUGCCAGCAAUCUCAUUCUGUUCUGCGCUCUAUCGGAUUCUGGAGACAUCCGUUAUGCGCACUCCCUUUUCUGCCAUAUCCCAAACCCCAAUUUAUUCAUCUAUAACACCAUGAUUAGAGGUUCCGCUCAAAGCCUUUCUCCGAAAAAUUCCAUCUUUUUAUAUGCCCAAAUGGUAGUUAGAGGCAUUUCUCCUGAUCACUACACAUUUCCUUUUGUCCUCAAGGCUUGCGGGAGGAUUCGUGAUCUAGAAUUGGGUAAAACCAUUCAUGGUAUCUUGGUGAAGCUUGCUCUCGAAUCGGAUUCCUUCAUCCGCAGCUCACUUAUCAAUAUGUACACGAACUGUGGGUCAGUUGAUUUCGCAUGCCGGUUGUUUGAUAAAAUGUUUGACUUUAAUGUUGUCUCGUGUAAUGCAAUGAUGAGUGGUUAUUUGAAGGUUGGGGAUUUGGGUUCUGCCCGGAGCCUCUUUGAUAAAAUGCCUGAGAGAGAUUUGGUCUCAUGGAGCACUGUGAUUGCAGGGUGCGUGCAGCUUGGUGAUAUAAAGAAGGCGCUAGAGCUUUUUACUGAGAUGCAAGAUCUGAGGAUCAGAGCAGACGAAGUCAUUCUUGCAAGCUUGCUUUCGGCUUCUGCACAAAUGGGAGCUUUGUAUCGAGGCAAGUGGUUCCAUGCUUACAUAUACAGGUCUAAUGUGAAAUUAGAUGUAGUGCUUAGCACAUCACUUAUAGAUAUGUAUUCUAAGUGUGGGGGGGUUGAUAUUGCACUACGAGUCUUUCGGUUGAUGCCCAAGAAAGAUACAUUGGCAUGGAAUGCAAUCAUCACUGGACUUGCCAUGAAUGGAUGUGGUGAAAAAUCACUUGGGGUCUUUUUGGAGAUGCAGAGUGAGGGUAAGAGGCCUGACGAUGUAACAUUCAUAGGUGUGUUAUGUGCAUGUAGCCACGCAGGGUUGUUGGAUGAAGGGUUUAGGUACUUUGAGUGCAUGACUAGAGAUUAUAGGAUCAACCCUAGAAUCGAGCACUAUGGGUGCAUGGUUGAUCUACUCGGUCGUGCAGGGCUUCUUGAGGAUGCGCAAGACUUUAUAAGCAGAAUGCCUGUCGAACCUAAUGCAGCCAUCUGGGGAGCUCUACUUGGCGGAUGUAUCAUUCACGGGAAUGUCGAGCUCGGUGAGUGUGUCGGGAGACUCCUUAUUGAGUUGGAGCCUCACCAUAGUGGCCGUUACGUUCUUCUGUCAAACCUCUACGCCAAUGCUAAUCGAUGGGAUGAUGCGCGGAAUAUAAGGGAGAUGAUGAAAGAGAAGGGCGUCCAGAAGAUACCUGGGCAGAGUACGAUUGAGGCGAUGGGCGCAGUUCAUGAGUUUGUCAUGGGGGAUAGAUCCCAUCCACAAACAAAAGAAAUAUAUCAUAUGCUGGAUGAGAUGGCCAAACAGCUGACACUUGCGGGUUACACUCCUGACACCUCGAAGGUGUUGUUUAACUUGGAUGAAGAGGAUAAGGAGAAUGCUCUUGGCUAUCACAGUGAGAAGUUGGCUAUUGCUUUUGGGUUGAUUAAUCUAGGGCCAAACACACCUAUUCGGAUUGUGAAGAACCUAAGAGUAUGUGUGGAUUGCCAUUCAGUCACAAAGCUCAUCUCAAAGAUUUAUGGCCGGAAAAUCAUCGUGAGGGAUCGGAAUCGUUUUCAUCAUUUUCAAGAAGGGUAUUGCUCUUGCAAGGACUAUUGGUGAUCCAAAUCCAGAGGCAUAGAAUUCGAGUUUGAUUUGAUGCAUAUCUUGAUACGGGUGGAAAACAUUGCGGCCCGGCUUCAGUUGUGAGACUUGGUUGGAUGAACAAAAGCCUCUGUGCACAAGGUGGCACAAUGAUCUGUCAAAGGAAGCUGAAUGAUGCUAACCUGACCCAAAUUUAAUCACUAGAAAAUAUUCAGGUUAUAGAUUCAUGGAAGAUUCCAGUCCAUCCAAAAGAAGUGGUUUUCAGGUCGACGCUGAAGUGGCUGAUCACAAGAAAAAGAAUUCUUUAUAUGACUGAAAAAGUCAUGUUGUAUUAGCUACUGUAAACUUGCAGCAUUGUGAUGCUUUAAGCAGAACAAUUCAGCAUAGAUUGACCAUUUACAGUCAUUUUGUAUAAGUGCAAGGAGAAUAAAAGAAAAUCACAAACACACUUUUACUUUUCA